CUCUCUCUCUCUCUCUCUCUUUCUUCUCGCAGCUUCCCAUAUAUGUACGCAACUCCUUUCGCCUUCAUUCUCCCCUUUCCAGCUUCCACCUUUUGCCCCACAGUCGCAACUACCUCCUCCUCCUUUCCGGUGCAGAAAUUUAUACGCCUUCACCACAGCUUUCCAGCAAUCCCUUCUCUCUUUCCCCAUAUCAGUUCCUCCUUUCUUGCAAAACUCUCUCUCUCUCUGUGUUCAUAAGCGUUUCUCGCAGAGUCUCUGUGAUGUCCACGACGAAAUUGAUGGCCGAGAAGCACCUGCACGAGUUGCUCCGAGAGGACCAAGAGCCCUUCCAUCUCAAGAACCACGUCUCCGACAGGCGCAAGAAUUGCCUGCUCAAGAGCCCCAAGAAACGAAGACCCAUCUCGCAAAACUCGAACUUCGGUCAUAGCUUCUGCAAGAACCCGUGCUUCUUCGCCUCCUCUGCGGACCCAACAAAAUCCCCGCUCUUCGAUCCCCGGACUCGAGGCCCGACUGAUAAAAAUGCCAUCUUUCUCCACGUACCGGCUAAAACAGCCGCUCUGCUUCUCGAAGCAGCCCUCAGAAUUCACAACCACACCGAGAGCGAGAGCGAGAGCAAGAGCAAGAGCAAGAGCAAGAACAACUUCAAGAACAAUCUUGCUUCCGCGAAACCCCCAGGCGUUGGGAUCUUCAGCUCGCUACUGAGGAGGCUGUCGAAGCAGCGGAAGAUCAGAGGACAGGCGGGGGAGGAAGCCGCCGAUCAUGGGUCGAAGCUCUCGGUGAAGGACAUUCUGAGGCAGAGAAGAUCUUUCCGCACGAGCAAAGAAGACGACGGAGCGUUCACGGGUACAUUAUCAGCAGAAAAACAGGUCGCUUUUGUCGCCAAAUCAAGGGCAGAUGCAGAGUCUCCUCGGCGCUUUGAUAAUCUAUCAUCAAGCGAAAGCGACAGCCCCCGUCCCGUUAUGUUCCGGAAGAGCCCGCCGUCCGGUCGCCGCACUCCGGAGUUCCGGUCGCCGCCGGCAUCGCCUAGACUCCAUGACCACCCGAAGGACAAGGACGAUCACGAGGCGAUGAGCUUGAAGAAAUUUGAAGCACGAGAAGCGGUGGCAGAGGCGGGGGAAGAGGAAGAGAAGGAACAGUGCAGUCCGGUGUCUGUGUUGGACCGUCCCUUCGAGGAUGACGACGAUGACGAGCACACCACCGAGGAUUACUACGAUGGCGAUGAAGAUUACGUUUUCGACUACGAGAGCAGCUACGCCCUGGUACAGAGAACAAAGCAGCAGCUCCUGCAGAAGCUUUACAGAUUUGAGAGGCUUGCGGAGCUAGACCCAGUUGAGCUGGAGAAGCGAAUGCUGGAACAGAUCAGCGAUGAGGAAGAUGGCCCACAAGAGGUGAUGUCUGAGGAUCGUGAUGACGAUUUUGAACCCAUGAAUAUAAUAGAAAAAGGCAGUGCCAAACGAUCGCUGAUCAGGCCGAACCUUUGUGUUCUGAGGAAUGUGAGAGUCCCAAGCGAGAUGAGAAGGCUAAUCAUCAAUGAGGAUGAGCAAGGGAAGCAGGUUUAUGUGGUGGGGUCAUGGAAAGGGGUGGAUUUUAGUACCAUUGAUACGAUGGUGGAUCAAGAUUUUGUUAGAGAUGAGGCUGAUGGGUUGUGGAAGAGAAGCAAUAACAAGGACCAGGUGGGGGACACUACUGCAGUAGAGAUAGAGCUUGCCAUUUUUGGGUCCUUGGUACAAGAACUGACAGAGGAACUAUCAUGUGGUUUGGGCAUCAAGUUCUAGGAAAAGUGGAAACUUUAUUUGAAAUGCUGCAAGGUAAAUCCCACCCGCCUUGUUGAGUUGAAUCCUGGUUGGCAUUCACUUGAAGAGGAUUCGAAAACUGAAGCAUCUGGUUUGGAGGGUUGUAGCCUAACUUGCGCGCCUUUGGAGGGAUAGAGAUUAACCAUGGAGAGGUCAUCUGAAAAAGAAAACAGAAGGAAACAAGAAAGAAAAGAGAGACAUUUACUGAAAUGAGAGGAUCUUAAAUUGGUGUAGUAUGUGUACGUAUGUACCUUUUUGGGCCAUCUAUGUAUAUAUAUUAAUAGUUAAGCAAUGGGGAAUGUGAUAUGAAUGCUGAGAGGCACGACAUGCAGCAAUUCAGGUUGUUCUGUACGCAUGUAUAUGUCAUCCCUUGGGUUUCGGUA